ACACACAUAUACACACACACGCGCGCACAAGCUGCUGAAGCCAAAAAAAGCCCACUCCUCAACUCCACCGGUGGGGGCGGUGGGGGGAGGGAGCACACGGGCGCACGCACCAGAUGAGAUUUGUUUCCAAACGCGCACCGAUGGCGGUGUGAGGCGUUCGGCUGAGAAGUACGCACGGCGCGGUGGAACAGUGGAGCUUUAAUUUUCUUCUUCUUGUUCUCGACUCUGUGUGGAUUGUGUCUUGGACGCGGGGACAUAAGGACAAAGCUAUGGAUUACCCGGUCUGUCUACUUUUAGUCUUGGCCACCGUGUCGUCGGUGUCCACGGGACAAUUCCCCACAGCGCACAUGGUAAAGGAAUGGGUCGACCAGAUGCAAAAUGACUUGAUCAUGUUAACUGACACAUCCACUGGCCUGCAGGACCUAAUACAGAUAUUUAAAAACCACAAAGCUCACUUCAGCGUGGAAUCGAACAAUCCGGGGGAACUGGUGUCGACGGCUGCCGCGAACAUAGAGAAGCUGCUGGCUACCCGCUCCCAAGCCCUAAAGCGGCUGGCGAUGGAAGCAGAGAAGUUUCAGAUGGAGCACCAUUGGCAGGGCGACAGCGAGAUCGACAAACUUAUUUACUACAACGCCAAAGAUGACAUGAAUCAGACGGAGAAGAAGAACCGCUACGUUCCAGAUGACUUCGAGGUCGACCCCGACUUCAAGCGCCUCGUCUCCUACAACACCACCGCUGUCCACAUCCCCACCGAUAUAUACGAGGGCUCCACCAUCAUAUUGAACGAGCUGAACUGGACGGAAGCCCUGGAGGAUGUUUUCCGGAAAAACAAGGAGGAGGAUCCCUCGCUCCUCUGGCAGGUGUUUGGUUCUGCCACCGGAUUGGCCCGCUACUUCCCAGCCUCCCCUUGGAUGGACCUGAGCAACUCGGCCAGUAAGAUCGACCUGUACGAUGUGCGCAGGCGACCGUGGUACAUUCAGGGGGCGGCGUCACCCAAGGACAUGCUGAUCCUGGUGGAUGCGAGCGGCAGUGUUUCAGGUCUCACCCUCAAACUCAUCCGCACGUCCGUGAACAAGAUGCUGGAGACGCUCUCUGACGACGACUACGUGAACGUGGUCUCUUUCAACGAAAAGGCCUCGCACGCGGCGUGCUUCCAGAACCUGGUGCAGGCCAACGUCCGCAACAAGAUGAUGCUGAAGGAGGCCGUGCAGAACAUCGUGGCCAAGGGCAUCACCAACUACAAGGGCGGCUUCGAGCUGGCCUUCGAGCAGCUGGCGCAGCUGAACGUGUCGAGGGCGAACUGCAACAAGAUCAUCAUGCUCUUCACCGACGGAGGAGAGGAAAGGGCGGAGGAGAUAUUUAAGAAAUACAAUCCCAAGCAGGCGGUUCGAAUCUUCACGUUUUCAGUCGGUCAACACAAUUAUGACAAAGGACCAAUACAGUGGAUGGCCUGUGCUAAUAAAGGUUAUUACUACGAGAUUCCCUCUAUAGGAGCCAUUAGGAUCAACACACAGGAGUACCUGGACGUCCUGGGCAGACCCAUGGUGAAGGCCGACCGGCGGGCCAAGCAGGUCCAGUGGACCAACGUGUACCUGGACGCGCUGGAGCUCGGCCUGGUGAUCACUGGAACUCUGCCGGUGUUCAACAAGACCAACACAGGCUCCAAGAAAUCACAGAACCAGCUCAUCCUCGGGGUUAUGGCCAUUGAUGUCUCGCUGGAGGACAUCAAGAGACUCACGCCUCGGUUCACGUUUGGACCGAAUGGUUACUACUUCGCCAUCGACCCCAACGGAUACGUGCUGCUCCACCCUAAUCUCCAGCCGCUGACGGCCAAGUUCCAUGAACCUGUAACGCUGGACUUCCUGGACGCAGAGAUAGAGAACGAGAUCAAAGUGGAGAUGCGGAAAAAAAUGAUUGACGCACAAAAAGGGGAUUACACGAUGGCUACACUGGUGAAAUCCCAAGACGAGCGCUACAUCGACCAGAACCACAGGAUGUACAGCUACGCUCCAGUGAAGGGAACAGAUUACAGCCUGGCCCUGGUCCUCCCCAAGUACAGUAUGCACUACAUCCGGGCCACGAUCGGUGACACAAUCACCCAGGCUAAAUUUUCUGAAAGCCUGCUCGCCGACAAGUUUGAUGAAUACGGCUACACGUUCAUCGCUCCGAGGAUGUACUGUAAGGAUUUAAAACUGCCCGACAAGAACACAAACAACACGGAGUUCCUCAUGGAGUUCAACAACUACAUCGACACGAAGACUCCAAACAACCCCAUGUGUAACGUGGAGCUGGUGAACAGGCUGCUCUUGGAUGCGGGCAUAACCUCAGAUCUGAUUAAGCUUUGGAAACAAAAUGAGCUGCAGCCCGGCGUCUCGGCCAGAUUUGUUGCCACUGACGGGGGAAUCACGCGGGUCUACCCCAAAAGUGCCGGGCUGUACUGGAGCGAAGAAGCAGAGACAUACGAGUCAAGUUUCUACAAGCGAACUUUGGACAAUGAUCUGUACAUCUUCACUCCAACUCCCUACGCAAAAAAAAACAACACAAGCGACGACACAGUGCUGGUGAGCAGAGCAGUGGAGAUCGAUAUUGAUGGUAUCCUACUUAAACCAGCUGUGGCCGGCGUGAAGCUGGACAUCAGCGCCUGGAUGGCGAGGUUCAUCAACACCACGCAGAGGACCAAUUGCAACGAUGAGAUCUGUGGUUGUCAGAGAAAUGACGUGUACGUGGACUGCGUCAUUCUGGACGACGGGGGUUUCCUGGUGAUGUCCAAUCAAGAUGACUAUAUCGAUGAGGUCGGACGUUUCUUUGGCGUGAUCGACCCGGUCCUCAUGAGGAGCCUGAACGACUCCCUGUUCACCUACAAGCAGACCUACGACUACCAGUCGCUCUGUGACCCCAAGAAGGAGAGCAAGGCGGCUGCAGGCCCGCGAUCAGUCUACGUGCCCACAAUUGCAGAUAUAUUGAGUUUGGGAUGGUGGGCGUCAGCUGCAGCCUGGUCAAUCCUGCAGCAGAUACUGGUCAGCGUCACGUUCCCCAACUUCCUGGACGCAGCUGAAGUGGACGAUGACUUGUCGGAUGCCAUGCUGAAGGAGGUCUGCAUCACCAAGCAAACCCAGUUCUACUUCUUGAACAACAACGUGUCUUUCCGAGGCACAGUGGACUGUGAGAACUGCUCCAGGCUCUACCACGCUGAAAAGCUGCCCAAGACCAACCUGGUCUUUAUCAUCGCUGAUGCGAAACUCACCUGCUCGUCCUGUGACGCCACCCUGAUGAAACAGGAUGAGGAGCCGUCCGAAGGUCCCGAUCCCUGUGAGCUGGCCCAGAGUCCCCGGUACAGGAAAGGGCCCGCAGUCUGUUUUGAUAACACCGAACAUGAGGCGGAUCCAGACUGUGGCGGGGCAUCCAGCCUGAGGCCCCCGCUCUGGCUGCUGGCGUCCCUUCAGCUGGUGCUGCUCUGGGUUCUGACCGGAUCCAGAAGCCACGCUGUCCCGUCAUGACCUCUGAACGACCUCAUCGCACCCUCCAGCUCCCCCCCCUUCAACUCUCCAACAUGGCAACCAGCAUGCGACGCUGCCACUGAAACGAUGAACGCCCGAUGAGAAGUAACUAACAAGCAAAAACCUGUGGAGCCCCCACAUUCUUCCGGUUUCAGGGGUUUCUCAGUGAUUUCACCAGGUCCGAGGGUGCGAGCGAUGAAAGAAAUGUGAUCGGAUAACCUUCACCCCUUCAGUUGUCCCCCAGGGGAGAUUAGAGGAAUCCAGAGAUUCAUUUUGAUCGGCGACUCCCGAACUUUCUCUGACUUGAUGUCGCCGAUGACGGAGGUUGGACUGCCUUACAGUAUCAGAGGGAGUGAAUCCCAGUGGAAGGGGCGUGCUGUCAAAUCGGUGAAGUUGAGUUUUAUUAUUCACCACUGCCAGAAUCAGUGCUGCCCCUUUUGUGAGCGUACAAUUUAUUUACGAUCGAUUUGCAGUGGAUAGUUCUUAGGUUUUUAUUGUUUUGUGGUUUCCAAUUUGGCUACGAUUGCAGCACGAGAUGCCAAAAUUUUACAUCGAGAGUUCUUGCUCUUCCGUUGGGUUGCCGAUAAUAUAAUGUCGUCUCUGUCUGAUGUUCAUAUAGCAACACUUGUGUUCACUAUGUCCCUGAGGCCUUUGCCUGGUGUUCUUUCGUGUAGAUACUGUAUUUGCAGUGUGGAAAUCAUCUUCAUUGUUAUGUUUUAUGCACAGAAACAACCCGUCAACUGCCACAGAGCUCCGGCUUCUGAGCGUCUGGAUUCGUUUUUUUUUUUUUUUUUACAGCUGAACACCUAAACGUCGAUCAGGAGCCGUAACUGUCUGUGGAUUUUUUUCCUCCUCGGUGUCGGAACGCUCCGGUGGAAACUUUUUUGCCAUAGCGCACAUUAACCAAUCAGGACGAGCCUGGCUGGUGUCAGUGGACAGAAUCUCUAGUGCCAUGUGGACUGCGUGACUCAGACUAACCCUUUAGCUUCUAAAUGGAGAGAAGUGUAGUAUUUUUUAUUUAUUUCACUAUUUAUUUCAUUCGAAUGAAGCAUCGAGACAGCAUGCUACUGUUUGUUUUAACGCCACCACUAAAGAAAAUGAAUGAGAGGUGAUUGAGGAGUUUGUACUUGACCUUUUGUUCGACAGAGAAACAGGAAAUCCGUACGUUUGUAUUCACUGCUGUCACUUUUAAAUUAAAUGACUACUAUCUGCACUGCAAUUCAAAGUGCAGCUGUUAUUUGUCUUUACAGUUGAAUCGUCAGCCUCCAUCUCUGUGUAGCAGUGAGAUUCCCUCUUGCACUUUAUCAUCCUGUGGGCACCGAGUGGAAAUCACUACGCACCUGCAUUCACGCCUAUCAUCCUUUCUAUUGCUUUUAAAUGUACGUUAAACUCACUUCAUUUUGUGUCUUUUUACAUACAACAUACUAUAUUUAAGCAAAACAAGCUCAUACCUCCGCCAUGGUCCAACAAUCCCCUUGAAGUCAAUCAGGUCUUGAAGAUGAAUCCAACGUAAAAUUGCAGAUCAUGAAACAUUCAUAUUCUCCAUUCCUGAGAAUGAUCGGUUGAUAAAAAGACAAAACUUAAUAUGGACCAUCCCCCCAAAAAUUGUGAAACCACAUUUAAAUCCACUAUUUGUAGAUUUGUAUCUGGUUCUGCACCAAAUGUAACACACUCUUUGAGAUCAGUGCCCAAAAUAUCCAGGUUUUCUCACCAAGAUUCAUGGAGUUGGGAAAUCGAUAUAUAGAUGUCAAAAGCGUGAGAAGAAUGAAAUUCAUACUCGUCCGGAUUCCAGCCAAAAUUGUACGGGUUCUUGGCUCAUGUCUCAUCCUUCCACCCAACCCGUUGCGCAACUUGCACGAUUGUGAAAAUCUAAAACAAUAAACCACCUCUCUGGUUUUAACAAAGUGUAUCCAAACAGUAGAUGACCCCAACAGUACAUUUUGCCAAAAAAGAUGCACACACAGACUCACAAGGUGAAACAAAGACCCCAGAAAGAUAUAGAAAAAGCACUUAUCAGACAAACAACUGCCGCAGACAGCAAAUCUGCCAAAAAACAACUAACAGGCUACACAGGAACCAGCACUGGGCUCUGGAAGCAGUUACAUAUCAUGUGCAUCACUAAAAACGUCAGUAAAAAUAAAGCAAAGGAAAUUAAUUCAUUUCAGAAUGAACAUAGAAAAAAAAAAAUUCAACAGGAAAUAUUGGGAAGGGGAAGAAGAGUUGAAAGCUGUGGUUACAAACAAGCUCUAAAUCCCAGAAAUAAAACUGUCGCUUCUAUUUAGGCCAGCUGCAUUUGGCGGUUUGUCUUUUGUAGCUGUUGACAAGUAAUUCCACGAUUUGAACGAUCCUGAGGUGUCGGCCGGUUCACGAGAAGAUCUGACAAUCACGGGUUUUCACGAAUGCCUCAUUAGUUGAGAAUACAUGCAGACACCUGCCAGAGGAGAAACAACUGUGUUACUGUUGAGUGAUAUCAGAUCCGCUCCGUGUUUCCCCCUAAAAUCACCAGAUCAAAAAAAAUCCACGUUUCAUCUGUUUCACAUUCAGGACACCAACAAAAAAGUAAUUUGGUCGGUUUUGGGGUGGAGACGCUGUUUACACAACACCGCUAAAACCAAACCGGGAUCUUUGAGAAGUGCAAAUUCAACCUAACAGUCGACACGUGUUCGCAGGAAACCACGAAUUCUGUGGCAAAGUAAAAGCUUGUAACUGAAAAUGUGCACCACAUAACCACUCUCACUUUUAUUUUUUUAACUUCACGUAUAUUCCUCCAGGUCAGAUAAGGGAAUGCUUGCUUUGUCUUUCUUUGUCACUUUGCUUCAUCACCAUCAUUAAACCAUCAUCAUCAUCAUCAUCAUCAUCAUAACUUUCCAUCUGGUCUGAGGUGAACAUUUUGCUCACGAUGUUUCCAUCCAUCUUUAACUAUAACUUUACAACUAAAACAACGUGGUGAAACGUAACAAUGCUAUUUAACAUUUACUAACACUCAAGAAUAUCAAGUGCCAUAUAGGACUCUUAUUCUCUUGUGGAGAAACCCUAUUAUUCUAAUAUAACAUUUAUGCAACGUUACCAAGGCAAGAUGUACGUCUCAUGAAUUGUGUCCCUGUGAUGAUUGCAUGGUUGUGGCUGACAGUUUGUUUUAGAAAAUAUCCAGUGUGCUCCUGCUUCAGUGUGUAAUGUUGGGAAGCGUAAUAUCCUGGGUGUUCCGGCAUUUAUUCACGAUAAUACGAUGAGGUACGAUCAGCUAUUACUGCCUUUCUCUUGGGGGGGACAGCAUUUGGCUCCGCCCCCGGUCCUAUUCGAUCUGGGAGAGGGAACCUGAUUGGCCAGUGUGAGGUUUGAAUGCACUAUUCGUGAUCUGAUUGGUUCAAGUCACGCAUGAUUCACUGUGAUUACAGGACCGCUCCAGUGACUAAGCAAGUUUUAUCUAUAGACUGUAAAUAAAGAUGGUCGCGUCUCCGAUUCCUCCAAAAUAAGCAGGAUGUGACUUCUGCUAAUGGCUAGUAGCUAAUUACCACUAAACCUUCAAGUAAAAUAAACACUGAACAUACGUAAGUGUGUAAAGUGUUGCCUAAAAGGACAAUAUAUCAUUUACUUUAAAAAAUGUUUUCUCUUAUCCUAUCCACUAACAUGGAGAAGCAGGGAUUUAUGAGCCAUACUGCAAACAGCCACCAGGGGACGAGCAAGAGACUAUGAUGUCAUGCCAUCUAUCUUUAUAUGCAGUCUAUGGUUUUAUAUCAUUAACUACAAAUCAUGUAUACUUAACACUUCCUUGUUGAAGUGUAUAACUGCUAGCAUAAACACAUUACCACUGUUAUUGUGAGCAUGCUGCACGCUAAUAUAAGCAUUUAGCUCAGAGCUACAGCUACAGCUAGCAGCGUUGUGGCUAAAAAUCGGAAUUGAUUUGUUAUCAUUUGUUUUUAUCGAGUUUUAUUGGUGUUGAAAGGCAACGCGGUGCAGAAUAAUCUAAUCAAUCUGCAUUUGAAUUGAAUACAAUUUGGAUUAAUGCAGAUGUGAUGAAAAGUUUAAGAAAUGAGUGUUGGGUGGCAUCUGCCUGAAACGCACAAAAAAGAAAAAAGGACAUCCAGAGAUCGCAAAGUAUCCAUGAACUGUAGUUAUUAGGCUAUAACGUGUAAACACUAGCUUAGUCCUUUUUAAACUCCACCUUCAAAUGCUCCAUAGAAAAAUCUGGAGGACGAACACGAGCUUCACAACCGUCCAAAUGUUCCAUUCAACUCUUUAAGUGCUAAAAUCAGAUGCUGUCACCUCAGGAAUAAUAUACUCUCUCUGUGAUAUGAAGUCUUUUUGAUUCUGUUGGUGCUCUCUGUGUGGAUCAUGUGGAUUGGCCUUUUUGAUUUCUGGAAUCUUGAGGAUUGCUUAACGUGUGGUUUUGUGAAUGUGUGUGUGUGUGUGUGUGUGUCUGUUACCUUGCUGCCACUCGGAUUGGUCCGGCAGGCUUUCCCUGUCUUCGGUUUUAAGGCAGGCUAGUGAUGGAGGCGUGGGCCAGGUCGUUCAUCACCAGACUCCGGCUACAUCCACACGUUUCGGUUUAAAAAGGCGUUUGAAAACUAAAACCACGUUGGCUCAAAUGAGCGUUUUAGCUCCGUAAUCUCUGUCCAUAACCAGCCCCUGAUUAACAUGUAAGCCCAAAUGAGACCACAGCAAGCGGACGUGUUAAUAAUGUGCAGCGGACACAACAGUGAAAGAAAACCAAUAACUCAGGAUGGAAGGGAGGUUCCAUCCUCACUGGAGAUGAUAUGACAGCUUUUGAAGAUAAGAGCCGACGCCGAUGGGCGAUUAACAAAAACCUGUGAUUUCUGCAGUGGAAUUCAUGCGUCACAUUCUGCCACAUGCAUUAUCUGCCCAGGUGCCGCCCCUCGCCUGGAGGUUCCAGAUGUGUUCCUGUUGUUGUGAACGCGUCUGACUCAGACAAUCACCUGCUCCAGUCUUCUAGUUGGACAGGCAAACUCCAGACAUUUUCAAGGGUCUCAAAAAUUGCUUUAAAGAAAAUACUAAGGACGGGAAACGUCGAUGGUGAAAUGUUAGGGCAGGGUUUUCUUUACUUGGGCCGAGGACAAAGUGGAACUGAAAACUAGCGUAAGCGUUUGGCAAAAUUCUGUAUUCACCGCUCGUAGUCGAUUUGUGACUGAUGAGACUCAAUCAGGAAAUAAAUGCCGGUGACUGCAUCCUCGUUUCCAAGUUCAACAUCGUCUCUGCCUGUCCAGACUAAAAUGCAGCCCCGGGGCCAGCAGCGUUUUCCAAAGCUCUUUAUUUUAGAGAGUAAUGGUGUCAACGCAGUGGACGUGGUACGUUUUUAUAAGUAAAACAUUCUAGUGUGGAUGUAGCCUCAGCCUCUGGUGAGAGACGGCUUGUGGGGCCUCUCUCUGUCAGUCUCCCUCGAUUGUGCUUUAAUAUAUUACACUUCUGUGGAACUCCAUUCUCCAGAACCAGUCGUGUAAAAAAUUUGUACAAAAACUGAUGUUGUUCUCUUCAAAGGGUCAAAAAAAAAAGGAAAAAUGUUUAUAACC